CGUAAAUACAGAUAUCACUAGGCCGCGUUUCGUUGUCUACAUGUUAAUUUCAAGACUGGUCAUCGAAUUUAGUAAAAAUAAAUAAAACAGAUAACCUUGUGGCUUUGCCCGCUAGUCAUACCGGGUGGUACAAGGAACAUUUAUAUCAUUAAUUUAAUAAACAUGAAAUAGUAACAGUAGACUGCGGGCAUUAAUGAUAUCUGCAAUCUUAUACCAUUGAACCGAUUCACCGAAAAAGAAAUAUGAGUAAUAGGAAAAUCCAUAGAAUCAGUUUCAAGAACCAUAAGUUACGGUAGGUCGCCCAGUAAUAUAUUAUCUGUUUUUCUGUCUUUAUCCUCUCACUUCUCUCAUCGGAAUUACCAGUUAGUCGUUGAACGUUUCAUUAUUAUAACUCUUAGGAAAUAUUCUACCGAUAUGUAAAAGCUUCCGGAAAAGAUGUAUGGAUUUUCUCCUUAUUAUACAUCAGUGCUGACAGAAACUUGUACCUGCGAAUGACACAGGGCGAUAAGUGAUAUAGACAUGUAUAUAUAUAAAGUGCUAGUAACUGUGCUAUUUGCUUUUAUUUGUGGAACUGUAAAUGCAGAUCUAGGAGAUAUAUGUUUAACUCCAAAUAAUGAACGAGCAACCUGCAAGUCCAUUUACGAUUGCCAAAUCUUACUUAACGUCAUAAGAACUAAAGACCAGAGACAACUACGUUUUUUGAAAAAUUCUCAGUGUGAUGGAUAUUACCAUGGUGAUCCAUUGGUGUGUUGUGGUACAGACAACAACUAUGCUGUGAUCUCAUCUUCCACACAAAGAGACAAAAGGCCGAGACCAACAAGUGCGGAGAGGCAAGAAGAUAGAAGACGCUGGAGAACAAGUGGGGAGAACGACGAUAGACGUAAUGACAAUUCAAGGAGAGAUGGUAAUACACGGGGGGAUAGUGAUGGCUGGAAUAGCAAUACAAAAAGGGAUGAUGAUAGAAAUAGUGACAAUACGCGGAGAAAUAAUGGAUGGGGGGAUGGAAAUGAUAGAGGAACGGGGGGAAGUGGUAAUAGAAAUAGAGGAAGAGACUUGCUUCCAAGUGCGGGUCAGUGCGGUUUCCAGGAAGUUGACAGGAUAUAUGGUGGCACUGAGACAGCUAUAGGUGAAUUUCCAUGGAUGGCACUACUCCAGUACCAAGAUAGAUCUGGUUACAAGAAGUUUGCCUGUGGUGGUUCUUUGAUAUCUUCCCGAUACAUAUUGACAGCGGCACAUUGUGUAGUUGGAGAAAUUGAACGAUCAGUUGGAAAACUAAUCAAGGUACGAUUAGGCGAGCAUGAUACUAGGCAAGACAGGGACUGCAUACAGAACAGGGUCUGUAACGAGCCACCUUUGGACAUUGAUGUUCAAUCAUCUCAUGCACAUUCCAGCUACAACUAUAAUGAUAACCAGAGAUACAAUGAUAUAGCACUUGUGAGGUUAAGCGAACCAGUUAGAUUCAGCAAUUAUAUUCGUCCCAUCUGUUUGCCACAACCCGGCGAAUCCUCCAGCCUCGGACACAAGGUGACAGUUGCAGGCUGGGGCAAAACCGAACGGACUCAACGAAGUCCAGUCAAGCUGAAGGUUCAGAUACCCAUUGCUGAUUCCGACACGUGUAGAAACGUGUUUAGCAGAGCGGGCAUUAGAUUGAGGGGAACGCAAAUAUGCGCUGGAGGAGAAAGGGGAAAGGAUUCUUGUACAGGUGACAGUGGCGGUCCUCUAAUGAGAACAAGAGCAAGUGAUGCUUCUCAAUGGUACGUUGAAGGUGUUGUGUCCUUUGGGGCGCAGUGUGGCACAGAAGGAUGGCCUGGAAUCUACACCAACGUUGCCAGCUUUUUGGACUGGAUAUAUGAUACUGUUACAGACUAAUAGUAUAGACUUUUUUAGCUUUUAGUUACUAUUUACAAUUCAUUUUCCCAUAAAUUAUGAAUAAAUGAAUGACAAUAAGUUUUAUAUUUGCCAUAAAUCAAUUUAAUAAUACAUACAGUGUUUUUAACUUACAAAAACGUAUACGAUUUAGGCCAAUACCAAUACUCAGCACAAAAGUGGAUCCGAAAUACCAUUCAAUUUCGCAAUUUCUUCAAAAUUCGAUAAGAAUGCUAAAAUUAUCCCAAUAGGUACUUCAGGAUUUUGUUUUUAGAUACAACCAGCAAUUUUGGAAACCCAGACGAUCAUUUUUCGGCUGAAACUUCCAGUAAACUUUUAGCACAAUUGCGGUUUAUUUUCAAUAGUAAAUUGAAAAGUGUCAUUAAUAAUAAUAAUAAUAAUACAGUAUUGACCCGAUAAUCCGAAUUGCUAUAAUCCGGAUGCUCCAAUAACUCGGACCUGUCCGGAUCAGAUAUUAAGUUCUCAACAGGCUCAAUCUUGUUAAAUAUCACACCAUGAACGACGCGACCAGGACGCAAAUAAAACAGAACCUUUCCACGGGUAAUUCAACGACAAACGCCAUGGAUUCUACACGAAAACACAUAAGUUUGUCGAUCCGAAAGAGAUCUGAAAUUUUAGACAAACUAAAACGAGGUGAUAGUGGUAAAAAGUUAGCUGCAAUGUAUGGAGUGGGAAAAUCCACCAUAUCAGAUAUUAAGAAAAACAGGGGCAAGAUAGGUGCGUAAGAGUUAUACAAUUUUGAAAAAAAUGUUUUUAUAUUUAAUACAUUUAAUAUUUUAGUUUUAUGAAGAAAUGCAUUUCUGGUCCAGGUAGCAGAAAAACUUUGCGGACUGCUGAACAUCCUGAAAUGGAAAAGAAACUUUACGAGUGGUUUCUGCAACAGCGUGAUCGGCACAUACCAGCAAGCUACGCUAUUCUGGCAGAAAAAUCAAAAUAUUUAAAAAAAAAUGUUACAAUAAAGAUACAUUUGAAGCGAGUAGGGGUUGGCUCUUGAAAUUCAAACCCUCAAAAGUUAACUCGGAUCAUAAAAGAAAAAGGACUAUCUUCAAGCCUAAUCUAUAACGCUGAUGAGUCCGGCUUGUUUUGGAAAUUGAUGCCGCAACGAACAUUAGUCCACUUAAAGGAAACAUCAGCUCCAGACCGAAAAACAAGUAAGGAGAGAAUAACUUUUCUGGCGUGUACAAAUGGAACUGGUUUGCACAAAUUGAAACUUAACUUUUGGUAAUCGGCGAAUCUAGAAAUCCAGGGCUUUUAAAAACAGAGGCACGAGUUUACCGGUGGAGUAUACGUCUAGUAAAAAUGCAUGGAUGACUUCUUAUUUAUUUAAAGAAUGGUUUCAUAAAUCAUUUUGCAAGCAAGUUUCAGAAUUCUUGAAAAAAGAAGACAUUCCCGAAAGAGCAAAUUGAUAACGCACCUAUCCGAUGCAGUGAAAAGGAAUUGGUUUCUGAAGAUUAACCAAAUUAGUUUAUAGAAAAAUUUAUUGGCUCACAUUUUCUGUACUCUGGAUCAAGAAAACAAUGACCUUAGUAAAUCUUUAAAAAACUUCAAUCCAAAAGGCGCAGUUUGCUUAUUACAUAAUGCAUGGACAAAAGUGUCAACAACUGCUUUAGAAAAAAGUUGUUAGCUGAAAACUAAGAUUAUGACCCGGAAGAUUCAAUACCAUUAAGAUUAUUGCGCGUACAAAUAAAGCAGCAAAUGGAGACUAUUGAGGACAUUUCAAAAAUGUUAGAAAAAACACCAUCUGAACAAUUUACAGAAGGGGAAAUCUCUGAGUAGGUGGAAGAAACUGAAGAACAUACGCUUCAAGACGAAUUUCAAGAUUCUAUUCUGAAAAUUCACUAAGUGACGUAGAAACACAGAAUGGAAAUCAAUUCACUGUUCCAAAAGUUAAACAUGAAGAGGCAACUAGGCAUUUUACAGCAGGGAUUAAAUGGGCAGAAGACAACAAUAUUGCACUUCAAUACUUGCCAUAAAAGACUUAAGAGAAGAAGCUGUUAUUAAGUUGCAUUCUGAACAUAAAAGGCAAGCAAAAAUAACUGAUAUUUUUAAUAACUAAAUUUUUGUUACUUUUUUAUUUUAUUUGCUUAUUUUAGCUAUGUAGAUAAUUUUUAUGAAAUAAACAUGUUUGUAAUAUCAAGAACUUGUUUUCCU